ACUUCAAUUAUGGCUGUAGAAUUUGAUGGAGGAGUAGUUGUUGGAGCAGAUUCCAGAACAUCCAUGGGAACUUAUGUGUCCAACCGUGUCACUGAUAAGCUGACACGUGUAACAGACAGGAUAUAUUGCUGCCGCUCAGGCUCUGCUGCAGAUACACAGGCUGUAGCAGACAUUGUUGCAUCUCACAUGGAAUUACUUGAGGUGAAGCUGGGAGAACCUCCUUUGGUACAAGUUGCAGCAAACACUUUCAAGGAGAUAUGCUACAAUUAUCGUGACAUGCUGAUGGCGGGGAUCAUUGUUGCUGGAUGGGACAAAUCCAAAGGAGGACAAGUUUAUACCAUACCACUUGGAGGCAUGAUUGUACGUCAGCCCAUAGCUAUUGGAGGUUCUGGAAGUACUUAUGUGUGGGGGUAUGUGGACUCUGCUUAUAAGCCAAAUAUGAACAAGGAGGAAACUGUAGACUUUGUCAAAAACACUUUAACAUUGGCACUAACCAGAGAUGGUAGCAGUGGAGGAGUAGUCCGUAUAGCUAUAAUUACUAAGGAUGGAGUGGAAAGGCGUGUAUUCCUUCAUAAUGAAUUACCUACCUUCUAUGAAGGAUAAGGAAGCAUAUAAUCUUGUCAGUUAGUUACUUCUCAUGCACUGUGUUUAGUUUUUAUUCAACAAAACUUUGUACUGUUAUUUUCAAAUAUUGCUUCUAAUAUGAUUUGUUAAAAAAUAAUUGAAAUUUGACUUACUAGUGUGAAUUAAGCCUAUUUUAUUUGAUAUUAAAAUCCAUUAAAGA